CUACCGCUUCUCUUUCACAGAGUUAAUUAAGCUGCCAAUCUCAGUAAAGGUGGUCAAAAAGGCGACAAUCAUGGUCGACAUUAAGACUACCAAGCUUUUCAUUUGGUUCUGUGUCUUUGUUGUUUCUUCAUAUUCGGAGCUAACUGAUGCAGCUGACUUCAGCGAUGAAGCCCUGAUCUGCCUAUUGGAAGAAUGCUUAGUGAUAGCUACCUACCUUUGUGAUACUAGAGCUAUGAUAUCACUUUACGCUCUUCUGGGCGAUAUUUAUAGCUCUUCAGGGGAAUGUCACAAAGCCAUUGAAUAUCACGAGAAAACUCUUGCCAUUGAAAAGGAGUUUGGUAAUAAACGUGGAAUAGGUGAUGCUUACGGACAUUUAGGAAAUGCCUAUGACUCAUUAGGGGAAUAUCACAAGGCCAUUGAAUAUUAUAAAAAGAGCCUAAAGAUUGCUGAAGAGAUUGGAAAUAGGCCUGGAGAAGUAAGCAGUUACGAAAAUUUGGGAAGUGCAUAUCACUCAUUACAGGAAUAUCGCAAGGCAAUUGAAUGUCUUGAAAAGAGCCUGAGCAUUGCUGAAGAGGUUGGUGACAGGCGUGGAGAGGGAAUGGCAUGCGGAGAGUUAGGAGAUGCUUACGAYUCAUUAGAGGAAUAUCGCAAGGCGACUGAAUAUCUCGAAAAGAGCCUUAGCAUCGCUCAAGAGAUUGGCGAGAGUAAUUCGAUAGCAGCUGGUUACGGAAGGUUAGGAAAUAUCUAUCAAUCAUUGGGGGAAUACCGCAAGGCCAUUGAAUGCCACGAAAAGUCCCUACCAAUUGUUCAAUGCCUUGGUGAAAGAGAAGACGAAGGGAGUGCUUAUAGGAGCAUGGGAAAUAACUAUUUUUUAAUAGGGGAAUAUUACCAAGCGAUAGAAUAUCAAAAAAAGGCCCUAAGCAKCGCUAAAGAGGUAGGUGACAAAAAGGCAGAAGGAAGUGCUUAUGGAAACUUGGGAGGUGCAUAUGCCGCACAAGGGGAAGAUCACAAGGCCAUUAAAUAUUUUGAAAACAGCCUCAGCAUUGCAAAAGAGUUUGGUGACAAGAAACAAGAAGAAACUGCUUCUUCAAAUUUAGGAAACGUCUAUAGAUCAUUAGGAGAAUAUCAAAAGGCAGUUAAACAUCUUGAAAACAGCCUGAGGAUUUCGAAAGAAAUCGGUAGCAGAGAUGGACAGGGCAGAAGUUACCGUAACUUAGGAAAUAUYUGUUUUUAUUUCGGAGAAUAUCAAGAGGCUUUUCAAUAUUAUAAAAUGAGCCUGGAAAUAACUAAAGAAAGCGAUGACAUCUCCGAAGAAGCGAGUAGGCACCACGAUAUUGGCGCUUUCUACGCAUCUGGAUCUACCGGAUUUCAAAAUCUCAGCAAAGCUGAAGAACACCUUCAAAAGAGCAUUGGCUGCUAUGAAAAGAUGUCUAAAGACUUGAAAGGACAAGAUCAAMUAACGAUUUCUUUUAUUGAUACUUGUGUUGAAAGCUACAAGGCUCUUAGUUCAAUUCUUCUCCUGUCUAACAAAACAGACGAAGCUCUGCUGAUGUGUGAGCGUGGAAGAGCACGUUCUUUAAAAGAUCUGCUUAGCUUAAAGUACAACACUGCAAAAUCUUCAAAACAGCAGGAAUCAUUGAACAUUGGUGAUUGUAAGACCAUGUCGUGCAAGUGUGAUGCCGGUAUUGUCUUUUACGAAGUUCAUGAAAAUAAAUUGAGUACUCGCGUCUGGGUGCUCGCUUCUGCUUUCAAAUCAGUUUUCUUUUACGAUGAAAUGAUAGAACGAGAAAUUUUGAUUCAGUCAAUAUCCGAACUAGAUGAAGUAAAAAGCAAUGAAAAGGCCGGUUAUUUUCAGCAUCUUGUUGAAGACAGUCUGACAAUUAUGGAAUUAAGAGAAGGAAUGACUUGCGAAGACCGAUCCCUGGGCUCAGUACAGUGUGAAGACGUAGUCCCUACAUUGUUCAAAAGAACUUCGAAACCAGGAGAAACAACUCCCAAAGUUUCCAAGGAAAGUUCAAGAUGUGUAUACUUAGACGAAGACGACGACAAACCAUUGGAAAUGCUGUUUGACAGAUUAGUUUCCCCUAUGCUGGACAAGGUAACCCAAGAGGAGAUUGUCAUCAUUCCUGAUGGCCCKCUGUUUAUGGUGCCAUUUGCUGCUCUACAAGAUCCAAAGACUGGUAAGUUUCUAUCUGAAACAAAGCGACUUCGCCUGGCUCCUUCUCUGACGAUUUUGAAAAUGCUACAAGAAUCUUCAGAUGAUUACCACUAUAAAUCAGGAGCAUUGAUUGUUGGAGAUCCUGCUGUCGGAGAAGUCAUGUACAGAGGAAGAAAAAUACCGAGUAUUCAUCGUUUGCCCGGUGCAAAAGAUGAAGCUAUAGAAAUAGGUGAGAUCCUAGGGGUUCGACCACUGACAGGAAAACAAGCAACAAAAGAAGUAAUACUAAAAAACUUACAACAUGGCGUGUCCGUUAUCCACUUUGCUGCUCAUGGUAGUGCCAAAAAUGGACAGAUUUUCCUUGCUCCUUCUAAACCACCAAAGAAGGGCAGAGCCCCAGUGGAGGAGGAUUACAUCUUAACUAUGAAAGAAGCACAAGAGAGCGGAAUUCGUGCUCAACUCGUUGUACUCAGCUGCUGUCACAGCGGUAGAGGAGAGAUCAAGUCAGAGGGAWUCGUGGGAAUGUCUCGAGCAUUCCUGGCUGCAGGAGCCCGUGCUGUUGUCGCGUCAUUGUGGGCCAUUGCUGACCAAGCUACUAGGUUGUUUAUGGUGAAAUUCUAUUCACAUCUCAAGAAAGGAGAGAGUGCCAGUAGGAGYCUACAGCAAGCAAUGAAGGAAAUGAGAGAAACAGAGAUAUAUAAGGAUCCUAUGUACUGGGCUGCCUUCUUUCUAAUUGGAGAUGACGUCACCAUUACUGUGUAAUCGGACAUGGCUUGACAAUCGGAAAUUUCAGGAUGGACCAUCUCAUUCUUUUAAUGAGGGUGCCCAGGUGUAUUUUGGAUUAUAUUUUCUUAUUAAAGUAAGAAUUGUAAAUUGCAGCUAAUAUUAUUUUUGGCAUGAAAUUUGUUCAGUCUAUCUUGCYGUCAUUCUAGCUAAUAUAUAUAAUGACUUCUCGGUUGCUUGUCGUUUAGUA